CUGCUGAAGGCCCGUCCCAUGCUGUUAUUUAAUGCUUUUCAACCCAGUGGAGCUCUUUCUUCUCUUCCUUUCCUACAGCUGGUAUCUGCUUUGCACAACCUCACCAGGCAUGUUGUGUACCAUGGCUUGACGAGGGCAGAAGAUAUCCUCUCUCUCUUUCCGGAAAACUUCCACCAAAAUCUGAAAAACCUUUUGACUAAGAUAAUCUUGGAGAAUAUCUCAGCUUGGAGGAAUGAAGCACAAGCCAGUCAGAUCUCCCUGCCUCGGCUGGUUGACAUGGACUGGAGGGUGGAUAUCAAGACAUCUUCAGACAGCAUCAGCAGAAUGGCAGUCCCUACUUGCCUGCUUCAGUUAAAGAUUCAGGAAGAUGUUGCCUUAUGUGGAAACAGUCCUGUUGUUUCUGCACUGACUGUGGAACUGAGCAAAGAAACCCUGGACACUAUGUUAGAAGGUCUAGGAAGGAUCCGGGACCAACUUUCUGCUGUUGCAAACAAAUAAAUACUCAAGGGCAUGGACUCCAGCAGUAAGGAAGGGAAGUAUUCUCUACCUACAGCUCUCGCAAGUUGCAGCCUAGUGUAACAUGUUUUCUGUUUCAACAAAACAAAAUUAAAGAGAUUUCUUUAUUGAGUUAGCAAGAUAGUUUUUGAAAAGCUAACACUUAAGCAUUCCUUUGGUCUGAUGCCAAAAAGCAUUUUCUUAAUAUGUUGUUGAACAAAAGCUGGUCUCUGUUUCAGAAAAGGAUUUGAGGGCUCGGAGCUUGGCUUAAUCACAAGGGUCAUAACAGGAAACAGCAAAUAGCUGCAGCCAAUGAAGCAAGUGCUAUCUUUCUGCCCUGAAAUUAGGAUCUAAAAGGCUCAAGCUGGUUAAUGGGCUGCCUUCCAGCAUUAGCAGACAAGGAGGGUGCUUCUCUCUGGAAUGUGCAUGUGCUGAGGUGCGUGCUGGCUGUAGCACUCUCUCCCUGUCAAUGAAGCACAGCCAUGCUGCAGAUUGUUAUUACAGGAUAAUGCUUUGAAAUAGGGCAAUUACGCUACAACACAUUCCCUUCUGAUCAGCUUCAUAGCACCAUUUGCAAAAUGACUAGUCUGAACAUCUUCAGCAGCAAGUAAUUUCCUCCUUCUGUUUGAAAAGAAAAAAGGAGUUCAGAUAAUUCAUGUUUAGGUUUUUUGGACUCUGGGCUUUGCCUUCACUGCACAAAAACCAGACUGGAAAAAUAAAGAAUUGAUGGCUGUUGUCUGUGCAGUAGGAAGAUCUGUGGCAAUAUGUGCCUGUACUUCCCCAAAGUGUUCGGUUGUUUGUUUGUAUAAAUCUUCAUUUAAUUAAAAAAUGAACUGCUAA